GCGAGGUUUGGCAGCAGCCGUGUUCGGGCAAAUGCUGGUGGAGUCUUUCGCUGCGUUUUCUGCAAAGCCUCCGUCGUUCCGGUUGUUGCUCUGCCCGUAACUCGUUGCGCCUUCGCGCUUCCAGUGAUGGGGAAGAUUGGGCUGCAGCUGAAAGCCACCUUAGAAAACAUUACCAAUCUCAGACCGGUGGGGGAGGAUUUUCGCUGGUAUCUAAAGCUGAAGUGCGGGAAUUGUAGUGAGGUUUCUGAAAAAUGGCAAUAUUUACGACUAAUGGAUAGUCACCCUCUCAAAGGAGGCAGAGGGAGUGCCACAAUGGUGCAGAAAUGCAAGCUAUGCUCCAGAGAAAACUCUAUAGACAUCUUAAGUCAUACCAUGAAGCCUUACAAUGCUGAAGACAGUGAAAGGUUUAAGACAAUAGUUGAGUUUGAAUGUCGAGGCCUUGAACCAGUGGACUUCCAACCACAGGCAAGUUUUGCUGCAGAAGGUGCAGAGUCUGGAACACCUUUCACUGAGGUCAACUUAUUAGAAAAGGACUGGAAUGACUAUGAUGAAAAAGCAAAGGAAUCAGUUGGAAUCUACGAAGUUACUCAUAGGUUUGUCAAAUGUUGAAACUUACUUGUGAUGGGGUUACUUUCUCCAUGGCCAUGUUGUUUAAACUGUAGUUGUUGAAUCAAGAAUAAAGUCCUAUACUUUCUACAAAGUUCAA